CGCGGGCCGAGUAGGCGGGCGCCGAGCUGAGAUCGCGAAUCGCGAGGCAAGCCCAAGUUGUUGGUUGUAUUUGUGACUGCUGUGGAAUUUCGAGGGUUACGUAUCUGUUUGAAUAUAGGUUCGAAUAGGGCAAUUGUAAGGCUCAGCAGGCUCUCAAACCUUUUCGUUCAUUUACAAUCACUUGAAUUUUUAUGCGGGAAGCUGUUGCAUUUCCACAGGUUAAUCCGUGUCUCAUUGUUGUAAUGCUCAGUUGCUUCCCCCAUGGUUUUGAGAUGUUGACCCUUUAUUUUAUUUUAACGAGAUUCUGCACAUUAAAAACCCAAAACUCAGAAGCGCCCUCUUUUACACUUCUUUAAAAACGUUUUGCUCUACUUUUGCAGUUGAAGUUCUGUUACUGUACGUGUGACAAUGUCGGGAAUCGCAAUAGCUCGUCUGGCGGAAGAACGGAAGGCUUGGCGAAAGGAUCAUCCAUUUGGGUUUGUUGCCCGCCCUUGCAAAAAUCCUGAUGGAAGUUUGAACUUGAUGAGCUGGGAAUGUGCCAUACCAGGAAAAAAAUCUACUCCUUGGGAGGGCGGUCAGUACAAAUUGAGAAUGAUUUUUAAAGAUGAUUAUCCAUCAAGCCCUCCAAAAUGCAAGUUCGAGCCUCCCUUGUUUCACCCUAAUGUCUAUCCAUCAGGAACAGUCUGCCUUUCUCUAUUGGAUGAAGAAAAAGAUUGGAGGCCUGCAAUUACCAUCAAGCAAAUUUUACUGGGAAUUCAGGAUUUGUUGAAUGAGCCUAACAUAAAAGAUCCAGCACAGGCAGAAGCAUACACUAUUUAUUGUCAAAAUCGUCUCGAAUAUGACAAGCGUGUCCGGGCCCAAGCUCGUGCCAUGGCUCCCCAGGAAUAAGUGAAUAAUAAAAAUGUGCAGAAAAAGACUGAAUUUUUUAAUAUUAUGUUCAUAUCAAUUGGUUUUCUAGCGUUAAGUUGUGCUGUUUUUAUGUAAAUAUUUAAGUGUAUCAAACAAGCUAAAAAGAUCUUGAUUCUUCUGGUAUGUGCAUCAAGUGAAUGUAACAAGUAAAAAUUCUUUUCAAGCGAUGUACUAGACUUAAACAAUAAAGAUAGUUGUACCCAAGUCAACAUAUUUUCAAGAUUUGUUUUUUAAGGCAAUGAAUAAAAUUUACAUAAAUCUGGAAGUUAAAAAGGCAAGGACAAAGAAAUAGUUUAACUUAAACAUUUAUAAUUUCCUUUAGAACAAGGUUAGCUUCUGAGAAGAGGUUUCAGAUCAUAUGCUAGAAAGGCUGGGGUUAAAAUUUUCUUUCCCUUGCCUUGACGUAGAAUUAAUGGACCCUACUCACUACUGUUGAAUUAGUGGCAGGGAGUCGUGAAUCGUCUUGACCACCUUGAGCCCCAUCUCUACAAACCCUAUGAAUACACUUGAGGUUCUGUUAUGGGAAAAUGGAGUAAUUAUUUUGGUAUUUUUAAUUAUCAUGAAACAUCAGACUCUACUUAAGUUUUAUUUUAUAGGAAGAGUUUCAAUGGCAUAGAAAUCAAGGUACUGCGUAUACAGUACUGGUUUUAAAACCGUAGUUCAAAUCAAUGCUCUAAUUGUGGGUCUCAAACACUGGAUGUGGUCUGCUGUGUAUUUUUUAUGCAUGCUGUAAUUAGGGACCUCUGCUCGCAGAUUUUGUUCGUGAGGUUUUGAAAUAUGGAUAAUAGUAUAGAAGUUGAAGUAAAAAAACUACUUAAGAGUAAGUGUACACACUCCAAACACUUAGGCCUUUUUACGACUACAUUUGUGGUUACAUGUGCCAUUGUGUGUUUAUCCUAAUGGUAAAAAAAUUGGAAUUGUGAAGAUUUUUUAAAUAAAUUUUUCUUUUUUAGACAAGUGAUCGGAAGGCAAAUGCUAGCGAGGCCUUUCUGUCUAUGAAGAGUCAACUCCCAACACUACCAAGGUUAUGCUCAAAACACCUCAAAAACUUUCACCUUUAAAAGGAAAUUGUGCAUUGUUGCAUGCAACCAAAAAUUUUUGUAGCCAUGUGUAACAAUACUUACAGUAUUGAGUAUAUUGUGUCCAAAUUGAAAUUUUUGAAACUAGAACUUGUAUUCAAAACCUCAUGUCCAAUUUCUAUGAUUGCAAAGACAAUGAUCAUGGUCUACAGUACAAACAAACAAAAAUUUCAAAAUCAUUUGACGAAUUUGGGACUGCCAAUCUAAUGGAGCCAAAAGAACAAUUGGUAGGGAAAAAUACACAAUAGUGCAGGUCCAGUAAUGCCACUCAGAAUUUGCAGAUCUUGUUUUUUGAGCUUAUUCAUUAGCUGUACUUUAGUAUAGACAACUGACAAGUGGAUUGUGGCAAGUUGGUGCUUCAGGGUUGCAUUGAGAGUUAAUUGAAAUUUUAACUCGAAUGAUCUAUUAUUGAUUUAUUUGUAACUUAUGUAAGAUCUACAAGAGCAAUUUAUUUAGUUUUCCUAUAAAGAACAGUGUCACCACAAAAUAUAACUUAGUAUCAAAUUCAUGUUUUCAUAAAAUGAUAAAGCAGAUCAAAGAAGUAAAUUAAGCUAAAUGAUCCAAUUUGAAAUUGAAGUUAUCGAGAUUUUGAGUGCAAUUCAAUUGCUUGUACUUUAGAAUUGACUUUACAACAUGUACUAGUAAAAAAAAUUCAGAUAUACAUACUGUAAAUUUAUUUGUAAAUAAAAUGUGAUGAA